AUGGCGCUCUUCACUAGAGUCAACAGCUAUUUCAACACUACUAGCUCUGUCACACAUGGGCAAGAGAACUCAACAGAGCCUGGCCUGCCAUACUCCCAUGCCUACUACGCCCUCUGCUACUGCACCCUGAUUUUGGCCAUUGUCUUUGGGAACGUGCUGGUCUGCCUAGCAGUGCUAAGAGAACGCACCUUGCAAACCACAACGAAUUACCUGGUGGUGAGCCUGGCCGUGGCAGACUUGCUGGUGGCCACACUGGUGAUGCCGUGGGUGGUAUACCUGGAGGUGACUGGAGGAGUCUGGAAUUUCAGCCGUGUCUGCUGCGACAUCUUUGUCACUAUGGACGUGAUGAUGUGCACAGCCAGCAUUUUAAACCUCUGUGCUAUCAGCAUUGACAGGUACACGGCAGUGGUGAUGCCAGUUCAGUAUCAGUACGGCACAGGGAAGAGCUCCUGCAGGAGGGUUUCCAUUAUGAUCGUGAUGGUCUGGAUGUUGGCAUUUGCUGUGUCCUGCCCCCUCCUGUUUGGCUUCAAUACCACAGGGGAUCCUAGUGUCUGUUCUAUAUCGAACCCUGAUUUUGUCAUCUAUUCCUCGGUGGUAUCCUUCUACCUUCCCUUCGUGGUCACCUUGCUGCUUUAUGUCCGGAUUUAUUUCGUGCUGAGGCAGAGACAGAGGAAACGAAGCCUCUCCAUGCAGGCCAGCCAUAGCAUCAGCAUCAGAGCCUGUUACACACAGAAAGAGCACAAAGAGAGGAAAACUUUGCACCAUGGGCACCAAGAUCCCCUCUCAUCCCAUCUGCAGCUAAAAUCCCCAACCCAAGAGCUUUCCCCUGAAAAGAAGCUGCUGACCCCCUCUGACCUGCAGCAGUACUGCAGCUUCUGCCACCAAGCUUCCUUCCCCAGGGCCGGGACCAAUGGAAAUGAGCUAAAAGAGGAGAGGAGAAGCAGGGAACAGGGCUUGGAGGUGCAUAAACUCAGCAAUGGCAAAAUCUUGACCUCUUUGAAGCUAGUGCACCAGCAGCCCCGGACAGUACAGCUGAGAGAGAGGAAGGCCACACAGAUGCUGGCUAUCGUUCUGGGGACAUUCGUAGUCUGCUGGCUGCCAUUCUUCAUGACCCACAUCCUGAACACCCACUGCCAGGCUUGUCACAUAACCCGGGAGCUCUACAGUGCCACCACAUGGCUUGGUUAUGUAAACAGCGCUCUCAACCCCAUCAUUUACACGACCUUUAACACUGAGUUCCGCAAAGCUUUCCUCAAGAUCUUGUGCUGCUGA